UCAUGCUGGAGAAUGUGCAGAAUCUACUCUCUGUAGGGCUUCCAGUUCCUAGAGAAAUUUUUCUCUCCUAUUUUCAGCAAGGGGAAGCACCAUGGCUACUAGAGCAAAAAGGCACAAGGAGCUCUUGUCCAGAGGCAGAGACUAAUUUUGACGUCAAGGAGAUGUCUACAAGACUGAGCCUUUUUUUAGAAGGAUGUGGCCCCCAAAGAUGCAUGAAUAAGGGUCCCUGUGACUUCAUUUUGAGAGAAAUCUGUAACUCUAAUAUCAAGAUCUUACCAAACAGAAUAAGAGUACAGGGGGAAGAUGUGGAACGGAUAGGGGGCCUAAUCCCUACUAUUCAGACCAUUCUCUCCAAGGACUCAAGCUCAUGAUGCAAUUGGGUGAUUUCUGGGUCUGAGAAGAAGUCCAAUCCCUAUGAUGAAGUAAUAAGGGAGAAUUUGAGGUGUCCA